UUCUGUCAAAAUCUUUGUGCUGUAUUGCGAAUUUCGCAAAACUCGAAAACUAAAUAUUUGCUUCACUAUACGAGUUUUAUUUACAAAAAUGCCUCUAAUACGUUCAGCUAGUUUUAAUUUAUUUAUUGAAAUCGUCGUUCGCAUCGUUUUAGUGGUCGUUUUUUGCUACAUGGAGACAAUGCCUCCUUUCGUCAGAGUGAUCCAUAGACCGGAGCUGGAAUCUGAGUACAAAUACCCACGACGGGAGUCGUACGUGCCAGGUGGAGCGAUGUGGGCCAUAGUGUUGUCGGUCCCUUGCGCCUUGUCGCUGCUCGCUUGGGCCGCUUGCAACGACUGCAACGACGCUUUCGAGAUAUUACUAACAUGGUCAUUGGCGUUAGGAAUAAAUGGCGUAUUGACAGACAUGGUCAAAUUAAUAGCAGGUCGUCCUCGCCCGGAUUUCUUCUACCGAUGCUUCCCCGACGGAGUGGAGACGGAGGACUUGCAGUGCAACGGUGACCCUUUAGACAUCAUGGAGGGGAGAAAAUCCUUCCCCAGCGGACAUAGUAGCUUAUCGUUUUGCUCGCUCGGCGUGGCUUCAGCGUGGAUAUGCGGUCGGCUGGGUGUGUUGUCUCGCAGGCGAGGCAGUGGGGUCCGAGUAGUAUGUUGCCUGGCCCCACUGGUGGGAGCCGCGUGUGUGGCACUGUCGAGAAGCUGUGAUUACCACCACCAUUGGCAGGAUAUCCUAGUCGGCUCAAUUUUAGGAUUCAGCAUUGCAAUAUUCUGCUACCGGCAGUACUACAACCCGUUGUCAUCCGACCUCGCCGGGGUUCCGUACGUAGUUUCCAACGCAAACUUAAUAAAAUAUGUUAACGGCAAGCCCGAUGUAAGUCCGAUCAAAGAUUGCAAAGAAGUUGAGUCGACUCCUUUGCUCAACGGCCGGAAGGAAGAUAAAUGGAUUUAAGAAAAAAAAACAAACAGAACUGUCAAAUUCGUGAUCUCUAUACGUUUUGGGUUUAUGAAGACUAUGGCUGCAUGGCUCUGCCUUUGCCUUUUCCAAGAAGGGAAAAAAAAGAUUAAAAAAAAUAUACGUUUUGGCGCCAUUUUACAGAGUCACUUGCGUUCCGUUUUUUUUAAAGCAAACUGUUUUUGCCGAUUUCCGUUGAGAAAUUGGUAAAGGGCGGAAAAUAAUGGAGAAUGGUGAAGUAAUGUGGCUUUUGCCUUUUAAUGAAUAAAUUCAGCUCAUUUCUCCGAUUUUCAGUGAAUGCACUUGUAUCAACUUCGUCGUUACGAAUAAAACAGAGUUUUUAAAGGCCAAUAGAAAGCUGGUAUGCUUUUAUAUAUUUUCGCGCCCUUAAGGCUUAUACUAUUGCACAACGAGUGGAAAAUUUAAAAUGAAAUUGAAGUCAAUUUUUUAUAUUAAAGUAAUGAUUUCAACUUGAAAACUUACUAAGGAAUUGGACUCCAUAUAUAUGGCGCCGAAUACUUUAAGAAAUAGAAUAAUGCGUUGCAUUAGAAUUUUAAUCAUAAACUGAGAAUGGAAGAAAAAUGGUUUUGAAAACUAGGCUGUAUGGACUUAGUAUCCUAUGUCGUCCUUAAAGGAAAAUUAUAAUAAAAAAGAACAAAAAAAAAGACAAACGUCAUAAAUGUGAUCUCUAUGAAUUAGUGAUACCAGUAAGUAGAUGUAAUCCUACCAAAAGGUAAGAAAUAUUAUCUGUAUGCGUUUCUUUAUCAAAUAUUUUAAUUGUAUAACAUUUUUUAAAUUUAUUGUAAGGUUACUCCUGGAUACGUCUAUCGGUCUAACUAGCAUUCUAGCUAAAAAAUAAUUUUACAUUGAGCAAAAAGAUUUUCUCAGUUUUGAAGCUGAUUUAUGAACUGCUUUUGUCGGGUUCUUUUAAAAGUAUAUAUUAUUAUUGCUCAACCUAACAUACAGGGUGUAAAAAAAUCUUUAACGAAGUCGAAGGCCACGUAUUUUCCACAUCAUGACGAUAAUUUUUUUCUUCUGGACCAUACCUGGGAAAUUUAUGGUUACGGAGAUAUUGAAGGUCAAAGUCACAUUUUUUUUUCAAGCUUUAUACAUUAAUAUUUUCAAAACGUUAUUUAGAAAGUUUUUUAUCGACGCACUUACACACAGGCACAUUCUUUGCGUAGCGCCACAGUAGCGGGCCGCGGUAUACAUUGCGUACUGAAAAAAAAAUUCAUUUUUUUUAACGUAAAAUUACAAAUGAUUCCUACGUAUAGUAUUUUGUAAUAUUACUUGUUUGGGUGUAUAGAAUGCGUAGUUUUAGUCUUUGUCAUAGGUUUUUGUACAACCUGUAUAUUUUUGCUACAGAUCGUUGAAACUUAUAACACUCUAGGAAGGCCAUAGGGGAAGAUCUUCCUCCGAGCUGGGUGAUGGUAGCUCGGUGACCGCGGCUCGACUGUUUUUUUUCUUUGAGUGUGUAUGCUGUUGGUCGCAGAUGACCUUUACAGCGUCACCGGGUUUGGGGACGGCGAGAUCCUAAGGGGACCUCAAGCCGAGAAUUGGCGAGUGCCUCUAGAGGUAUUCCAGGCGGAUGGCGUCUCCCCACGGGGGAAGUCUCCUCUCCGUCUGGAGCCUCUACAGAGGCCCGACUGGUGUUGGUCGGGCAUCGUAUACAGGAUGUUACAAAAAUACAAAUAAAGCUUGAAGGGCGUUGAAGUACAUCAUAUAAGGAGUCUUCUCUAAUUUUCUUAAAAUUUUUGCAUGAAGUUUUAACUUUUUAUAAACACAACAGUAAUUUUUAAUGAUUAAUAAAUAUAUCGAUCAUUUUAAGACACGUCACUAGUUCGAUGAUCAUUAAAAUUAACUGUUUUUAUAAAAAGUUACAACUUCAUAAGAAAAUUAGAGAAGACUGUUUAUAUACUUCAACGCCCAUCAAGCUUUAAUUAUAUUUUUGUAACAUUCUGUUUUAGCGUCCGAAUUUCAUUUGCGCGAUGUAGGCUUCCAUACUAUUGUGAUCGCAGCGCAGGUAGCGCCAUCUCUUGAGGAGGUGAGUGAUUAUUUCCUCCAUGUUAGUUAUAUGUGGGGCAUGUUGAUGUCGCUGUUACAAAACUAAGUGGGCUGAUAGAUGUGUCCCGAAGUGCUCAUAAUUGUAACUACAAAAAUAGUAUAGGUCAAAAUAACAUCUGUGUUUAAUGUACUAAAGAUUAAUUGAUGAACUCCGAGGCUGAGUGGUUUCUGCACCGGAUUUCAUGGUGUCGCCGACUCUUGAGCCGGGUUCCAAUCCCGGUGUGGGCAAUUGUUUGUGUGAUGAAUACGAGCAU